AUGUCACUUGAGGAAGAUUCUCAUUGCCAGCAAACAACAGUGUCAGUUUGGAUUAUUCAUCUGCUUUUAGAGAUAUUAAGAAGAUUUUACAAGAUAGCAAUGACACACGGAUCAUAUUUAAGUGCUAUCCUUGCUAAUUUAAGUUUGCAUAAGUCUAUAACCUCUGAAUCUGGAUCAUCAAGAGGUGGUGACAACAAUAAUGUCACUGGUUCCAAUAACAAUAAUGGAAUUGAUGGCAUCGAUAAUAACAGUGGUGGAGGUGGAGGUGGUGGUGCCAAUGGUAGAUCUGGGACCAAUGUGACGUUUGGGAAUGAAUUGCAUAUUGUCAAAUAUUCUUUGAAACAUUUAAAUGAACUACCAUUAGUAUUCCCUUUAAUGAUUGACAAGUCAAAUGGUAUCGGUAAGAAUUUAUAUCAUCAAGUUUAUCCUGCGAAUUCUGAAGGUCCUUUGAACCUAGAUUUGAAUCUUGGUGUCGAUAUAGCUAAUCUUGAUGGUUCUGAAAUUGAAAAAAUUAAAGACUCAAAGGGAAGAUUUAGCAUAAGAUUGACUUCCUUAUUAGAUGCUUCAAAUUUAAAUUUUUAUUUUGAAACAAUGAUAAGAAAAGUAGGUCCAAAUUCACAAAUUGUUAUUGCUCGUUUUACCAAUGAUAACGAUCCAAUAAUAUCAAAAAUACCAGAAAAUGUUAAACCCAUAAUCUUUAAAUCAAAAGUAAUCUCAAGGAUUCAUGGUUGUUUUAAAGUAGAUUCUCAAGGUAAUUGGUUCUUACAUGAUCAUUUUUCUUCAAGUGGAACUUUUUUAAAUAAUGAAAGAUUAUCAUUAUCAAAAUCAAUAUCAAAAGAUUACCCUUUAAAGGAUAAAGAUAUCAUACAAUUUGGUGUGACUUUAAAUGAUUCACAGGGACAAAUUUAUAGAUGUGUGAAAUUAAGAGUGGAAUUAAAUAAUUCUUGGAAAAGAAAUAAAAUUGUUCCAACAAGGACUCAAUCGAUUAUAAAAAAUUCAAAUUUACCUUAUCUACAAAAUGAAGAAAUUUGUUCAAUUUGUUUAAAUAAUAUUGCUAUUCAACAACCAGUAUUCAUAUCGCAUUGUUUCCAUUUUUGGCAUUUUAAUUGCAUUAUGCCAAUAAUACAAACUACAUAUCCUCAAUUUAAUUGUCCAAAUUGUAGAUCAUUCAUAGAUUUCUUAGAUGCCCAAAAUUCUUCAGAUUCCUCAAGUGACGAAGAGAACGAGCCUUUGGAUCAAGAAUUUGAAUGUGAUUCAAUAUAG